AAGUCCUUGGUUUAUUGAUCAUAUUUACUCUUCUUUUUAGCAGCUCACAUUCAGUUGACAUUUUUGAAUAGGAUUAACUGUGAAGUCAAAAAUUCACUAAACUGUGACUGUCUUGUUAUAAGUUAAUCUUUCCUCAGAAUUAAAUCAGACAUUAACACCUGAGGUGUUAUAUAAGGAAUUUUUACAAUAUUUAACACAAUGAACAGGACAUACCCGUCCAAAUAAGCUUUAAUCAUGCCUACAGCUCAAGUGUAUAAUAUCCUGUACAGCAUGUUACUACAUGUAUUUGUGUGAUUGAUUGGCAGACUGUUGGAUAACAGGAAAGAGCGAUAAAUGCAAAAUUAAAACAUUUUGUUUUAUGGUAUAAUAACCCGUAUUGGUUAUUUCUACAUUGCUCAACAUCUAUGACUGGCUGGAUGGAAUUUUUUCUCCUUUGUUUUUUUUAAGAGUGUUUGACCAAUAGUAGACAAUUCUCAGUUCCUACUUUUACUUUCAGGAUUAAAUGUCAUACUGUGUUUAAGUCGCUUGACCUAGAACAGACGUCGGAUUGUGUGCUCUGCUUCCUGAUAGAGGAGCCCCAGAAAAAAGGACCUGAGAAUCCUUCUACCUUAGAUAGCCAUUAAAUCAGAUAGCUCAAGAAUGGAUUGCCAGUUGUGUCUUUGAGCCGUGCUCCAGAACGGAGCACUAAGGAACCGCUGUUACACAGAGCCGCCUUCACUGAGCCCGGUCAGGAAGAACGAUCAGGAUGGACGCGCAUUCAAGUUGCCCUAAUGUCAGCAUUCCCUGCUACAAUGAGCAGAGAGACAAGAAAAAACGUUAUACUGUUUACAAAGUGAUGGUCAGAGUUGGAAGACAUGAGUGGUUUGUCUUCAGGAGAUAUGCAGAAUUUGAUAAACUGUAUAAUACCUUGAGAAAACAGUAUCCUGCUUUGAAUUUGAAGAUACCUGCUAAGAGAAUAUUUGGUGACAACUUUGACCCAGAGUUUAUAAAGCAAAGAAGAACGGGGUUACAUGGGUUCAUUCAGAAAAUCGUGUCCCAUCCACAGCUCAGCAAUCACCCUGACGUUCGAGACUUUCUCCAAAUGGACAAAUCCCAAAAUGUCUCCGAUGCUUCAGAUGAUGAAUAUGAGAAGAACAACUCUGCCUCCAGAGAUAUUAACCUGGGACCAUCUGCAAACCCUCAGGCAAAACCCACUGACUUCGACUUUCUGAAAGUCAUCGGUAAAGGGAGCUUUGGAAAGGUUCUCCUUGCAAAGAGGAAACGAGAUGGGAAGUGUUAUGCAAUCAAAGUCCUUCAGAAAAAAGUCAUUUUAAAAAGGAGGGAGCAAAAACACAUCAUGGCCGAGCGCAAUGUGCUGCUAAAAAACGUGAAGCACCCUUUUCUAGUCGGAUUGCACUAUUCCUUCCAGACAACGGAUAAGUUAUACUUUGUCCUGGAUUUUGUCAACGGUGGAGAACUUUUCUUUCACCUUCAAAAAGAGCGAACCUUUCCGGAGCCCAGGGCGAGGUUCUACAUCGCUGAGAUGGCGAGCGCACUGGGCUAUCUACACUCUCUCAACAUUGUUUACAGGGAUUUGAAACCGGAAAAUAUCCUGUUGGACUUCGAAGGACACGUAGUCUUGACGGAUUUUGGACUGUGCAAAGAGGGGAUCUCUCAAGCAGACACGACCACCACAUUUUGCGGGACACCUGAGUAUCUGGCUCCAGAGGUCUUGAGAAAACAGCCCUAUGACAACACUGUGGAUUGGUGGUGUCUCGGUUCUGUAUUAUAUGAGAUGCUCUAUGGCCUGCCUCCAUUCUACAGUAGGGACACGCAUGAAAUGUAUGAUAACAUCCUGCAUAAGGAGCUGCCAAUGCGCCUAGGGGCAUCCACGGUCGCCUGGUCCAUUUUACAGGCUCUUCUGGAGAAAGACAACACCAGGAGGCUGGGAUACAAAGACGACUUUAAUGAAGUUAAAAGCCAUGUAUUUUUUGCUUCCAUUAACUGGGACGACCUUGUGCAGAAAAGGAUCCCACCUCCAUUUAAUCCCAGUGUGGAGUCCCAGUAUGACUUAUCAAAUUUUGAUCCUGAGUUCACAGAAGAAACCGUACCCAACUCAGUGUGCAUCUGCAAGGAUAACUCCAUUGUCAACGCCAGUGUCAUGGAGGCUGACGAUGCUUUUCUGGGCUUUUCCUAUGCUCCACCUUCAGAUGACUCCUUCCUGUAAAAUUUCUUAAGAACUGUACUGCAGCUAUUUUAUGCUACCAGAAAUGGCUUGGGUGUGCUCUUUCAUUCAGAAAGCGACGAAAAUGCAAAGACCAAACCAAGGCAUUGUACACUUGAUAAAAGGACAGAUAUCUUGUGAUGCGGGGUUUUCCAAUUUUUUUUAUUUUUUAACCUCUCAACAACAGAUUUAUAUUUUGUAUUGUAUAAAUGCGUAUACCUGAGAUACUGUUAUAGCUCAGGUAUUCUAUUUUCUCUUCCCUAGAUUAUUUUCUACAGUGGUAGUUGUUGUGUCAGGGAAGCCGGGUAAUGAAUUUUGAAACCAGAUAUAUACAUUCCACAUUUAAAUACCCCCUAAUGAACUUUAUUGUUCGUGGCACUUGUGAUUGUUUGGUUUGUCCUCCUUUGAAAAAUGUCUUAGUAGGAUAGUUUAGAAGGCCUUUUUUUCCCCAGAGAAUUUGCAAGAUAUCUUUUUUUUUUCUUUUCUUUUCUUUUUUUUUUAACCAAAGAUGAUGUGUUUUGUAAUAACAUAAAAAUGGAAAACUGAAGUAAAUUGUGUAACUGUAAUUUAAAUUAGUAAACUGUGGAUGUAUGAACCAACCUUGUGUUCUCAACCUGUCUGAUAAAACUUCCAUCCAUCCAUCCA